AUGAUUUAGACAGAAAAUGUAGGCUUAAUAAUGGUACAAAAAUUAUUGAUUUUGCUACACUUUUUUCUGACUUAGAGUUGUUCUAUUCAUAAUUAUGAAGAGUCUUUAUUAAGUAGUUCGAAUCCAAUAGAAGAAACCAUUUUCUUAAGCAUUGGAUCAACCUAGAUCUUUGCGUUUUGGAGCUUUAGUAUUCCAAUGUGGGAGGUUAAAAUGUACCCAGAAGUAGAAGAAAAGUUGUAUAUUGAUAACAAAGAAGAACAAUUAUUAUUUUUGUUGAAAUCUCUUGAUGAUGGGAGAAUUAUUAUGUUCAUGAAUCUUGCUUUUUUAAAUUUUGAUCAUAUGGUAUCGCAUAGACUUCACAUAGAAGAGAAUAUCAAUAAUAUGAGUAUUUUUGAUUUUCACUUUGAUCCUUUUGAAUAUGAAGGGCAAUGGAAACUUACAAUGAUAACUAUUUCAGAGUAACAUGUGAUCGUGGAAAGUGAUGCAAUUUCUAAACCUGAAAUACCUGACUUAUCUGAAAAAUUAAAAAAUGUAAAAUUUAUAUUGGGAGGAACUGGAUCUGUAUAUAUUUUUAAUUUUAUUUUAGAUCAAUUCCUACCAUUUAGGGAUAUUUCGAGGAAGAUUGUCAAAGUUAAUAAAAUUGACAGAAUACUCACAUAACACCUUUUAAAUGAUAAAAUAAAAUUGCUUGAUUCUACCUGA